AUGCGCGCCCCAUCUCCGCCCACUGCCCCCCCGCGGCCCCCCCAUGAUGGCUUUCGAAGCCAUGACUCAGGGGGAGACCUCGUCGCACGGAAGGACGCGGCUCUGGCAGGUGGUGCUGAGGAGACCUGCAGGAAGCUUGGCGAGGUCAGCCCGGCCCGCACCCAGCCUCCCGGGCCACCGCGCCAGGCCACACGCGGGGGCUCCCAGCCCUCCCUGGGGGCGCUCCCGCCUUCUCCCCUGCAGUCCACCUUGCCCCCGGGCAAACGGGAAGCGUGGGGUGAGCCCGGACUGCCAUCUUGCUCGCCAGCUCCAAAUAGGAGACAUCCGGCCUCUACCACUCAGGGAACUCCUCACAUCACAGAUUCGUCCCCCAAGUCUCAAAGACAUGGCAACGGGAUGCCCGAGAGCCCCCGAAAGAGGGCUGCGCGCACCAGGCCUGGCCGGGGAAACAGCCCCGAACCGAGGGGACUCUUUUCCCUCCCUGGAGCCAGACUUCCUAGUUUGCUGGCUUAUGUGACUUCAGGCCGCUGCUGA